AUGGCUCUCUUCGAGAUGUGUGCAGACGACUGCUACGACCUGAUCCUCUCACAUCCCUUCCGCCUCCCACUACCUCAAGCCGAGGACCCCGCGUCCGCCCCUGAGAGCUCCACAAGCUUGCAAGUAGAGGAGGACUCGGCCCUUUCUCAGGAUGCUUGGACCCUCGAGUGCUCGGAUGUUGAGGGUUUGGGUCCUGCCAGCCUCCCUGGAGACGCAGCGCUACACGCGACUGGCUGCUACUGCAAGACCCUCAGUCCCUCCCCCGCCGCCGUGCACUCCGAGCUGGAUCCUGACCCUCUCAGUGCUCGCGACCGGCGGUCUUGUCCGCGGUCAAAGAUGUGCCCGCCGGUGGUGCGGGUGCAGUCGCGGCAGUCCUUCUUCCAGUCCGACAAGCCCGUCGAGAUCACCCUCGAGCUCCUCGCCGACCACUUCCACGAAAGCCUCGAGGUCGCCGCGGCCAAGAUCGGCAUCGGCAAGUCGACGAUGAAGCUUGUGUGCAGGCAGCUGGGAGUAGACAAGUGGCCGUACAAGUUUGGACGGGCCAAGCGCAAAGUGAGGCCAAGCGCAAAGUGA